AAAAUAUUAAUUUCAGCCGGGCUGAACUUUUUAUACCUCCUACCUUUUAAUCAACCUUUGGGUAAAGAAAACACUUUAAAAUAAAACAUUUUCAAUAAAAACGUGUUCCACUUUAAACUACAAAUACCAGUAAAACCGUUUGGAUAAUGAUGUUAAACAUUACAAAAACCCAUAAAGUAGUUGAGGUCAUUGUAUGGGAGCCAUACCAAAACGGGAACAUCCAUGGACGAUUUUAUACUUCAAAGAUUGUCAUUUACCAAAUCAUCUUAAAUACCAAAUUUGAAACAAUUUCGUGGGUAAAUGUGAAUAGGAUUAUCAAAAUAUCGAAUAUCGCUGAGUAUCGUUAUAUGCGCAAUGUUCUGCCGCCGGAGCUAGAACCCAUUAUGACCUACAUAUAUCAAGUUUUAGACAAAUCCGUUGAAAAAUGUGGCAAAGAUCAUCAAAACACCGAAAAUAAGGAGAUACCGUUAUAUUGGACCUAUACUAAAACAUGACCUACAUAUACUAUGUUCUACCACAGGAGCUAGAACCCACUAUGACCUACAAAUACCAAAAAAAUGUGGCAAAAAUUAUCAAAAUACCGAAAAACGGGAGGUACCGUUAUAUGGGAGCUAUACAAAAACGUGGACCUAUAUAUACUAUGUUCUGCUCCCGGCGCUAGAACCUAUUGUGAACUAAAGAUAACAAUUUUUAGAAAAAUCCGCGAAUAAAUGUGGAAAAAAUCAUAAAAACACCGAAUAUCGGAAGGUGCCGUUAUAUAGGGGAUAUGCCAAAACGUGGACCUAUAUAUACUCUGUUCCGCUACCAAACCCAGAACCCAUUACGAACUACAAAUACCAAUUUUUACACAAAUCCGUGGAAAAUUUUGGCAAAAAUCAUGAAAAUACCGAAUAACGGAAGGUACUUUUAUUUGAGGCCUAUACAAAAACCACAGGAGCUAGAACCCAUUGCGAACUACAAAUGCCAAUUUUUAGACAAAUCCGUGGAUAAAUGUGGCAAAAAUCAUCAAAGUACUGAAUAUCGGGAAGUACCGUUAUAAGACGGCUGUUGGAGCAGUUUUAUUGAUUCAAAUUGAAUUUUGUUAAUUGUAAUUUUUAUUUCAAUUUAUUUGUUUUUUUUUUAUGGUUUUUUAUUCUAUUUAUUUUUGAAUUUAAAUUAAUUAAUAAUAUGAAUUCCUUAGUUGUAAAAAUUAGUAGUUAAAUAGUAUGUAAAUUUACAAUUAAGUUAGAUGUAGAAGAAUAGGAUAAUGAGAAAGAAUAAUAAUAAAGUCAUUGUUGUGAAUUAUACCGCCAACGAUACGCGUCUUUCUUCUCGCCGUCCAUAAAAAAUAAUAUUUAGAAAUUAUAAAUAAAUUAAUUUUAUAAUUAAAAAAAAUAUAAUACCCUUAAAAUAAAGGGUAACAUUUUGGUGCCGAAACCCGGGAAUAUAAAGUGUCGGUGUGUUUUGUUAAUUUUGUGCAAAACAGCCUUGUUAAAAUACUACAAGGAAGAAGAAGACAAUAUUAAAAAACAAUUAAAUUAAAUAAAUAAAAUAAACACUCCCCAUCAAAAGAUCUGCUGCUGUCAUCAAAUCCAGAUGCCCCGUCGCUGCGAUUGCCGUCUAUGCAGGAGCAAACACAACAAUCAGGAGAGUGAUUCUGAUUCACAGGUUUGCCGCGAGGCGUGGGCUCCCCAAGAGGAUAUACUGCGACAACGCGACGAAUUUCGUGGGAGCCAGCAGAGAGCUGAGGGAGCUUCAGGAGAAGUUCCUAGCAGGCCGAGAAACCGUGGAGGAAUACGCUGCCUCGUUGAACGUGCAGUUCAGCUUCAUUCCUCCGAGGGCGCCUCAUUUCGGAGGGCUGUGGGAAGCUGCCGUAAAACAGGCGAAGUUCCUGCUUCUACGAGCUGUCGGCAAAGUGCUGCUGACACAAGAAGAGAUGGUCACAGUGCUCGUAGAAGUAGAGGCGGUGCUAAACAGUCGCCCCAUAGCACCGCUGUCUCCAGACCCCAACGACGGAGAAGCUCUGACUCCAGGGCACCUACUAAUCGGAGCGGGUCUGCGUUCGCUGCCGCCAGAAUCCGUCGGAGAAGACAGCGACAACAAGGAGAGGUACUGCAAGCGCUGGCAGAUGCUCUCCGCUCUCAAGCAGAGGUUCUGGCGGGCUUGGUCGAGGGAUUACGUCCUAGGACUACAGGACAAGGCCAAGUGGCACAAUCCCCAGCCCAACAUAGAGGUCGGUCAACUAGUCCUCGUGCACGAGGACAAUCUGCCACCUCAAGAGUGGGUAACCGGCCGAAUCGUCAACGUCACCGAGGGCCAAGACGGAAAGGUCAGGGUGGCGGAAGUAAAAACAAGGACGGGCACAUUUAAGAGGCCAAUAAGGAAGCUCGCUCCAAUACCGAUUUGUUGAAGUCCUGCAGCCAUUCAAUGGGGGCAGAAUGUUGGAGCAGUUUUAUUGAUUCAAAUUGAAUUUUGUUAAUUGUAAUUUUUAUUUCAAUUUAUUUGUUUUUUUUUUAUGGUUUUUUAUUCUAUUUAUUUUUGAAUUUAAAUUAAUUAAUAAUAUGAAUUCCUUAGUUGUAAAAAUUAGUAGUUAAAUAGUAUGUAAAUUUACAAUUAAGUUAGAUGUAGAAGAAUAGGAUAAUGAGAAAGAAUAAUAAUAAAGUCAUUGUUGUGAAUUAUACCGCCAACGAUACGCGUCUUUCUUCUCGCCGUCCAUAAAAAAUAAUAUUUAGAAAUUAUAAAUAAAUUAAUUUUAUAAUUAAAAAAAAUAUAAUACCCUUAAAAUAAA